UCCCCCCGGUUACUCCUACUCGUCUUCUCCCCGCUUCCUCUUCUGUUCAUUCGGGAAAUUUAGUCCUUGUUUACAUUUCCAUGUUUUAAGUGGAAAGAUUAAGAAUGAGCUCGUCAUCAAUGGAAGUCGAUGUAUGGGCCGGGAAGUGGGAUCUCCCCUCUGUUGAUCAGCAAUGCUUGCAAGUUAUGGCUUAUGCGAAGUUCAGCGGUGCACCAAUUAAAGUUAAUGUCACCAACAACCCAUUCUGGUCGCCUUCCGGUUCUCUACCAGUUUUACGUAGCGGUAAAGAGAAAAUGACAUCCUUUCAAAGCAUAGUUACGCACUUGGAAUCAAAGAAAUACUCUGCAGACUCCAAAUUGACUCCAAUUCAAAAAUCAGAAUGUUUUGCCCUUAACAAACUGCUAGAGGGAAAACUACAUCCUGCCAUUCUUUACACUUGGUGGGUUGAUGAAGCAAAUUAUAUUGAACUUACCCGACCAUGGUAUGCAACUGUUUUACCAUUCCCUUACAAUUAUUAUUACCCUGGCCGUUAUGAGCGGGAUGCAAAGAAAUACAUAGAAACUAUGUUUGUGGAUGACGAGGAUAUGUCCAUCAUAGAAACUCAUUUACUUUCAGAUGCUGAAAAAUGUUUAACAUCCUUGUCUGUCAGAUUGGGUGAAGAAAAUUUCUUUUUUGGUAAAUCCCCCACGUCCUUGGAUGCUAUUGUUUAUUCCUACAUUGCUCCUCUGGUGAAAGUUCCAUUUCAGCAGUGCCCUCUUCAGAACCAUUUAAAAGCUUGUCCCAACUUGAUGGCUUUUGUAGCAAGAAUUACGAGGGGCUAUUUUCCUCUAGUGUCCGAUGCUACCAAGAAUGUAAAUUUGGAGAAAGCAAUAGAAGUAGAGCGUCGGAAUAAAAGGAUAAGAACUGCUCUGAGUUUUGGUUUUGCUGUUGCAGCAAUGACUGGCUUUGCGUUAUACAAUAAUAUUUAUCAGGAAGCCAGACUUGGAAGGCGAUUUGCAACAAAGUUGGAAAGGAUGAAGGACAGAUGGCGGGGAAGGCCCUUGGCUUUAGAUUUCUUUGAACAUGGUUUUGAAGAAGAAUAAGAAUUUGACCAAAUUUUGUUUAUUCAAUCUAAGAGUACUCGUCGUUGAGCUUCAGAAAUUUACCAAAAUAAAGUGUUAUGCAGAAACAAA